AUGUCGUUGACAGACUCAUCUCCGCUGGAAGUCGCUAAAGCAGCCUCAAUCUCUUCUCGAAACCUAGCCAUACUAUCAACCGAAGCUCGGAAUGAUGCCUUGACAGCUAUACAUGGGGCUUUGCAAGAGACAAAAGAUAUAAUUCUAGCAGCCAACGCAAAGGACCUGGAGUUGGCAACGAAGGCAGCCGAAGAUGGGGAACUGAGUCAGAGCGUGCUGAAGAGGCUGGACCUGGGGAGGAAAGGCAAAUGGGAAGACAUGCUGCAGGGCGUACUGGACGUUCGAGACCUUGAAGAUCCUGGCGGCAAGGAAACCACUCUCUCCUUCCGCGCCAUCUCUACGACCAUCUCCAACGCCUUGACCAACACCCUAGUCCCUAACGCCUCGAUCCAACUCGUCACUGCUCGAGACGUUAUAGCUUCCCUUCUUGACCUCGAUAAGCAUAUCGAUCUGGUCAUACCGCGUGGUUCCAACGAGCUGGUCCGGUACAUCAAGGACAACACCCGCAUUCCCGUCCUUGGUCAUGCGGAUGGCAUUUGCAGUACAUACAUUCACAAGGAUGCGGAUCCGGAGAUGGCAGUUAAGAUUCUAGUUGAUGCUAAGCUGGGCUAUCCAGCAGCUUGUAACGCAGUCGAGACAUUACUUGUCGACGAAGCCGCCCUAUCCACCAUUCUCCCGGCCGUAGCAUCAGCUCUUCUCGAGAAAGGCGUCUCUCUUCGCUGCGAUGCCGAAUCCAAAAGCGCACUCGCAGCUUCUCUCCCGAAGAACGAAUCAACAAUCCUUCAAGACGCUACGGAAGAAGACUACACAACCGAGUUCCUCGCUCCGAUCCUCGCCAUCAAAACCAUCCCCACGCCCCCCGACGCUUCCGCCAGCACCUCCUGCAGUCUCGCAAUCGCCCACAUCAACGCCCACUCCUCAAAGCACACCGACGCCAUCCUGACCUCUUCCCCAGAGAUAGCAAAUCAGUUCCAAUCCGGCGUGGAUUCGGCCUGCGUUUUCUGGAAUACGAGCACGAGGAUGGCGGAUGGUAUGAGAUUUGGUUUCGGCACCGAGGUGGGCAUUAGCACGAAUAAAAUCCACGCGAGGGGACCGGUGGGGCUGGAGGGUUUGAUGAUUUAUAAGUAUCGCAUCAAUGGGUGUGGGCAGGUUGCGGGUGAUUACGGGGAGGGGGGAAAGAGGUGGAGGCAUGAGCGGUUGCCGUUGGAUGGGUGA